UAGAUGGAAUAUAUUAUAAACUGAAAAUUAUAUUCUUAAAGUCGAUAAAAUCAGACGUCUUCUUCGAAACCUAAUGUUUUUUUUUGUUUGGAAAACUGCUGUUUAUCAUUCAUUUAAGUUCAUUUCUUAUUUGAAAUUCAAUUAAUUUCCAUGUUGAGGGCCCCCCAAACCUAAAGUGUCCCGGGCCCCUCAAGGUCUAAAUCCGGCCCUGAUCAAAACUAAAUACUAAACCCACAAGAGAUGUCAAAUACUUAAGCCCAACAUCAAGGUGACGAGUCCAUGGAUAUAUUCGUAAUUCUAAUGAACAAUGUGGCAAACGAGUGUCUUUUGGGCUAGUGUCCAGGGCGUUUCAAGUAUCAAGGUUCAAGCCAUGUUAACACACAGUAACAAGACUGUUAGUACCUUAAUAAUUACCAAGUGACAACCCUCCCUCCCCCCUACCCAUUACCCUUCCACUAGUAACAACUAACUACUCACCCCCCAACCCCAGACCCUUCCCCUAACGACCUUCCCUAUCUCCACAACCACUGACGUCAUCACCCCUCCUCCAGGUCAGUGGCGCCAUUUAGCCAUGGAGGUCAAGAAUAGUGGCGCCACUAGUCACUCUUUUGCCAUCCACCACACCAUCAACACCUCCAGUUCCAUCAACCUGUGGUAAUUCAAAAAACUUGGAUUACUCCAAUUUCAUGACAUUGUUUUGGCAUAUUGCUGCUGGUGAUGACAUUUCUGAAGACGUGCAGCUGCCCACAACGCGGCCUUCACCACACAGCAGCUGCCCACAACGCGGCCUUCACCACACAGCAGCUGCCCACAACGCGGCCUUCACCACACAGCAGCUGCCCACAACGCGGCCUUCACCACACAGCAGCUGCCCACAACGCGGCCUUCACCACACAGCAGCUGCCCACAACGCGGCCUUCACCACACAGCAGCUGCCCACAACGCGGCCUUCACCACACAGCAGCUGCCCACAACGCGGCCUUCACCACACAGCAGCUGCCCACAACGCGGCCUUCACCACACAGCAGCUGCCCACAACGCGGCCUUCACCACACAGCAGCUGCCCACAACGCGGCCUUCACCACACAGCAGCUGCCCACAACGCGGCCUUCACCACACAGCAGCUGCCCACAACAUUGGGAAUAUUUUCACCCUACAAUGAACUUCAGAUCUUUAAUUAA